CACGCGUGGCGUAACGGCAUAACGGAUGUAGAGCAAGAGAGGCAGCGCUUGCUCUGCUGAUUAUUACGAAGAUGGAUGUUUUCUUUGAGUCGCAGAGGUGAUCAGGGAUUAAUUGAAGAGAUUUCGGCGGGGCUGGCCAGCCAACUUUACCUCUGAGUUUAUUUUCUCCCUGAUUGGGUAAUAGUUGGAACCAUGGUGAAGCAUUUUUUUAGUGAGACUGAGAUCAAGAGCUCAUGGGACCAGGUUGUUUCUGCAUUUUGGCAGAGAUAUCCAAAUCCUUUUAGUAAGCAUGUACUUACAGAAGAUGUCAUUCAUCGAGAGGUGACACCUGAGAACAAGCUUAUUACAAGGCGCCUUUUAACUAAGACCAAUCGCUUGCCUCGAUGGGCAGAGAAAAUUUUUCCUUCUAAUUUAUCCCGAUCAGUAUUCAUUAUUGAAGAUUCUAUAGUGGAUCCCAAAAGCAAAACCUUCACCACAUUUACGUGGAAUAUAAACCAUAGAAGACUGAUGGUUGUGAUAGAAAAAUGUUUUUUUGGUACGAAUUCAGAAAAACAAGCUUGGACUCGGGUUCAGAGGGAAGCUUGGAUCUCUUCUGCAGUAUUCGGUUUCUCUCGAGCAAUUCAGGAGUUUGGACUUGCAAGAUUCAAGAGCAAUCAAGCAAAAGCCAUGAAAGGACUUGAGUACACGUUAGCAAAUUUGCAAGCAAGUGAAGGACCUACCCGUACCCUGAAGGACACAGCAAAGGAGGCAACUGGAAAAGCUAAAGAAACAGCCUUGGCAGCCACUGAAAAGGCCAAAAACUUGGCAACUGCAGCAGCACCUCAAAAAUCAAGUCACUUUGUGUAACACAACUUCCCAAAUGCUGGGCUUUUUCUACGGUGAUUUUGCCCGUUUGGAUUCCCUCAGUGUCUAUGCAUAAGACUUUAGAACCUUCCUGUUCUAAUUCUCAGGUACUUAAAAGAGUUUAAAUCUUACAAUGUGAUGGAUUUUUUUUUUCAAAUGAGUGAUUUUAAAUGUUUAAAAUUAUUCCAUUCCUUUUAUAGCAAGAUACUUGAAACAGGAAAAAAAAAAGCUUAUGUGGCAAUGUAAUUGUCUACAUAUCAUCUUGUAAAGAUCUGGUUGGUACUUCAGUGAUAGAAUAUGAGCUUUAUAGCCUUUGAGAAGUAAAGAUGUUGGCAAAUGAAUUUCUUUUUGCUGCACCUGAGCUCUUUGACGUGACCGUCUUUGUGUGGAUGUAUUGAUGGAGCUUUGCCCUAGAGCCUUGUGCUACACAUGCUUGUCUUUUUCUAUGUUGGUUUGUCUUAUACUUGAAAGUACUGACAAGUAGGCAUUUUUCUGUCAGAUUAAUUUUCUGUCAUAAUCAUCUGAAACUCAUUUUUUAAAAGCUGAAAAAAAACAACAAAAGGCAACUACUGUACCUUUGUAUCAUAAACAGUUGUAACUUAACAUUUUUAUACUGUAUUUCCAAAGCAAUUCAAAAUAUGGUUCUAACAAUAAAUCUGUUUCAUACUGUG